GGAACAAUCUUCUGCCAUAAUGAGAAGUCAAUUGCCAUUACGAGCGUAGGGUGUGUUCAGAAUUCGGGAUUCUCGGAUCACAUCGUAUUCAAUUGUAAGGCUACUUCUUGUCUGUAUCCUCGAGUAACUCUUUCGCAAACAUCAAAAGAAUUCGGACGCGUAUACGUACGUAAGGUUAAGGUUAUGCUCAGGUUUGCGGAAACGAGGCUGAGCACUUGAAACUUGCGCCGCCACAAAUAAUCCAACAGUGCGAAUAAGGAAAAUAGUAUGAAGCCUUGCGAAAGCUUUCAAAAGGUUAUCCAUUUCUCUGAACUUUGAUACUAAUGUUUAAAUUAUUAUUGCGCACCAUAUAGCCUGAUCACAAAAUGUCCGUUCGAAUACAGCUCGACAACCCUCAUACCUUUUACACGAAUCUCGAUUUUAUCAGCGGCAGAGUCAUCCUACAUCUUACAAGCGAUGAGGCCGUUAGCAGGAUCGUUGUGAAGUUAGAAGGAGAGAGCAAGACGCGUCUUCUGAGACCACCAGAUAUGCUAUAUGGGCAAAAUCCAAAUAAUCCUGGCCUUUAUGCCAGGAGAGAUAGACAGGAGGUAUGCCAGGAAAAUCACAAGAUUUUAUACAGGGUCGCAGAAGUGUUUCCCAACAAAGCAAUUAUAAGUUCAUAUACGUUAAGAGCAGGGCAACAUGAAUACCCUUUCCGUAUCAAGUUGCCUAUCAAUAACGGCUGUCAUGAUCCAGUGUCGCAACAAAUGGGACCUGGUAGCGGGUUUGGAGGUCUCGGAAUCCAGGGCAUGCAGCAGAUGCAGUAUACUCAUGUUAAGAAGACAUUACCUCCCUCACUCACCGGAUUUCCGGGAGAAGCUGAGAUAAGAUAUUAUAUCAAAGUUACUGUACAAAGGCCAUCUAUGUUCAAGGAGAAUAGAAGAUCAACAAUUGGAUUUAAAUUUCUGCCGAUUGAACCUCCAAGGCCUCCGAAAACCACAAAUGAAGCGUUUGCAAAGCGACCAUAUAUGUUCCCAAAUGAAGGGCCACUCUUUGCCAAAAAGGGCCUGUUCACAAAGAAAUCCAAACAGCUAUCAGAUACGUCCCCUCAAGGAGAAGUAGAUGUUAGACUACCUAGCCCUCCUAUUUUAACUUGCAAUAAGCCUUUACCAAUGAGGAUCCUUAUUAGGAAAACCAACGCAAGUCCUGAGCACCUCUUCCUCACGUCAUUGCAGGUGAACCUUCUCGGCUCCACUGAAGUAAAGGCCUCCGAUGUUAUUAGGGUUGAAACAAGUACUUGGGUUGUGAUGAGUUUAACUGGACUAUCCAUCCCCAUUGGAUCACCGAACGACCCGAUUGGUACCGAGACAGCUAUAGAUAGUAACCUAUGGGAUGCAGUUCCUUUACCAAAUACCGUUGCCCCUUCAUUUGUUACUUGCAAUCUGGCUCGUUCAUAUGAACUUGAGGCGAGAGUUGGAUUGGGUUAUGGUUACCUAGGAGGGAUUCAGGUACGCUUUCUAAUCAAUUAUUCUGGUAGCGUGAGAAUUCAAACUAACAAACGCAGGCCCAAACAGUAUCUGUUCCUCUCAGGUUCAAAAUUGAAAUCUUCUCCGGCAUAGAACCACCAGCAGCACUUUUGGCCGCCAUGACUGCUCAACCCGGAAUUCCAGCUAGACCUCCCGUUAACACGGCACCGCCGCCUUUCGAUCCGGCAUUUCCCCCACAAGUUGGAGCGCCAGGAGCUCCAGCCUUAGAUGAUGCUCCGCCUUCUUAUGAAGAUGCGCUGGCGGAGGAUAUUACCCAAGCGAAUGGUACUUCAAGACCUGCCUAUAGUGGUGUUACGAAUGAAAAUGCUCCGGGUAUUGAUGAGAAAGGGGGAUUUAGUAAGGGACAGCAGAAAAGCGAGGUUUAACGCACGCAAUGGCUGAUCUUCAGAAGACCCCGGAGAGCAAUUUUGUUUUCUGAAAAGUGGCGAAGGAGAAUCAAUCCCUUCAAGUUCGGAGGAAGUCGUAGUAUCACCAACCAGCCGCUGCACAGAAAAGUUUUGGUUUCCGACUCCAUAGCGAUGGACUUCAAAAGGAUGAGAUUGGGGUGAAAGGACAAAUAUACAAUUGUUGGGAAACACAGCGAACAAUGUAGUAUUGUCUCACAAUUCCGGUACGAUAUAAUAACUUAUGUAUCAUACAUCGCAUGGAUGAGAUAUGGACAGCCACGGAGACAUGAUUAUAGCGAUGAGAAAGAAAAGGACACUUGGAGGAUAUGCGAUACCUAGGACAUACCGACUGAAAAAGCCGCUACAGUUUAGGGCAGAGGAUACAGAAGGAGGUGUGUAAUGAGACGAGAUAAUUAUUAAAUAAUCAAUAAAUUCCAAA